CAUUCCUGUCAGUAUGGUCUGUGCUGGAAUGUAGUCGUUUUGAAUACACGACCUCAGAAGCUGGUACAGACAUGUGAGAGACUGGAUGUGCGACGUGUUUAUAUAGAAACGAAACGUUUAAAAUUAGGCUCAAAACCACCAUGUUUCUGGUCCGACGCAGCGUGAUGAGGAGCAGGAAACUGGCCUGUCGUAGAGUGUAAUUAAAUGUAUAAAUUACUGCAAACAGAAAUAGAAUAAACACAGAAAUGCUAGAUAUAAAUCAAUCAAUCAAUCAUUCACGUUUAUGCUUUACAUAAGGUUUAGUAGGUUUAUAGCGCCAUCUACUGGCACAAACUGUCCCUUCUGUUAGUUCUCCUUCACAUUAAAACACUAAAAUCACUCGCAUGUGAUCUACUGUAAAACCUGCUUUUAAGAGCUUUUUAGAUGAUUUAAGAUUUUUUUUUAAAAGACUGAAUAUGCUUCCAUAAAUAUGUGCACUCCACAAACUGCUAAAUGAUGUCCCUAUCUAGAGCCUGUCCAAUGUGAGACGCCUGUGCGUUUGCUCAUUUGCAUAAUGGGCGGGGUUUGUGUAAUUAUAUACCAGGUAAAGUUUUAUUAUGAUGAAGUGCUCGAGCGUGAAAAGAGUGAACUUUGGUGACAGUGAACGGAGAUGAAUCUCCCGGAGGACUGUGAGUCUACUGAAGGUUGCAUUUCCAACGGAAACUCGAGAGUAGACAAGUAUGGAUUUGAGUAUUCUGAAGAGUUUAACCACGAAUCCUAUGAGGAAAUGAUGUCUGAGUAUUUACCAGUGCUUGCCAGAAGAUCAGAAAAAUGGUCCAGGCUUUUAAAAGAAAACACUAAAGUGGAUAAGAAUCUGAAAGUGAAGAGGUAUGUGAGGAAAGGCGUCCCCAGCAAACACCGUACUCUUGUCUGGAUGGCUGCCAGUGGAGCCCAGCAUCAUCUGCAGAUGAACUCUGGUUAUUACCAGUCUCUCCUGAAGGUUCACCACGACCCCACGCUGGAAGAGACUAUACGCACAGACUUGCACAGAACCUUCCCAGACAACAUUCAGUUCCACGACUCCUCAGAGCCUUGUUUACUGAAGGCUCUGUAUAAUGUUCUUGUGGCAUACGGACACCAUAACAAGGAUGUCGGAUACUGUCAGGGAAUGAACUUUAUCGCAGGAUACCUGCUUAUCAUAACUAAAGAUGAAGAAAAGUCCUUCUGGUUAAUGGAUGCUUUGCUGGGUAGAAUCUUACCUGAUUACUACACCCCGGGCAUGCUGGGUCUAAAGACGGACCAGGACGUUCUUGGAGAGCUGGUAAAGACUAAGGUGCCUGCAGUGUGGCAGGCCAUGAAUCAACACAAUGUGAUGUGGUGCCUGGUGGUCUCAAGGUGGUUUAUUUGCCUUUACAUUGACGUUCUUCCCAUGGAGACAGUGCUGAGAAUAUGGGAUUGCCUGUUCUAUGAGGGUUCUAAGAUCCUAUUCCGUGUGGCCCUCACGUUGAUUCGUCAAAACCAGAACCUAAUUCUGCAGGCGCAAAAUCUUCCAGACAUCUGUGAGCGUUUCAAACAGAUCACACAUGGGGAGUUUGUGGAGAACUGUCACACAUUCAUGCAGAACAUCUUUACGGAGCCUGGGAGUCUCUCCAUGGCAACCAUCACUAAACUCCGAGAAACAUGUCGAGAACGCAUACAAGCUCAGGAUUCUGGACGAUAAUGGUGAUGAUAUUCUGCAUUCCCUGCACAAGUGACAGUGUGAAUGCGGAUAGCGUGUUGGACCGAAUUCAACACGAGAAAUCUCACAGGUCAUUCAACUUUUUUCCUUUAUUUUUAUAUCAUAUUUCUGUUUCAAAAAAAAAAUGUAAGAAUGUACUUCUCACUAUGAACAAUGAUUACCACUGUGAUUUUAUAUCUUUAUAUACCCUGGCUUGUAUAAGUACCCCCUCCCCCG